AUGUCCGGCGUACAAGGCGGCGAGGGCGCCGACGACGAGUUCUUUAAGAGCGUCUACACCCAGGGCUACGUGCCGCCCGCCCACACGGCGGUCAAGACAGAGAAGCGGAAGGGCGGGGACGACGCGGAGGGCGGAAGGCAGCGCGAUGAUGCAGGGACGGGCGUACCGACGGAUUUCGGCGGGAAGUACAGCAAGGCGUGGGAGGCGAAGGCGAAGGCGGCGGAGCGCAACUGGAAGAAGCGGCGCGAAGACGACCUCACGUGCAAGAUCUGCGGAGAGGCGGGACACCCCACUCAGGGUUGUCCCACUACCCUCGGCGGAGGCGGUGGCGGAGGGUUUGGCGGAGAGGGGGCCGGUCGGGGGGGCGGCGGAAAGCGCCAUGCGCCGUCCGCGUCGCACCCAUUCGCGAUCAGUAUCGGGGUGGCGGACAAGCGCAUGCGGUCGCGGAUAAUUGGCACGGCGGGCAUGGUGGUGCAGGGGCUAGAGAAGCAGACCAACUGCCGCAUCCAGCUCGAAGACGAUCUCGCCGUCGGCGACGGCGCGUUUAUCGUCAAGAUCUCUGCGGCCGAUCGCGACACGCUGGCGGCGGGGGAGAGCGUGGUCCGCGGGUAUAUCGACCAGCUGCAGCUGGAUAGUCUGCGGAAGGGCGGCGGGAUUCUGGGCGGGCCGGCGGCGGUGCAGAUGGCGCUGGCGGCGCUGGCGAACGACCCCGCGCAGCAGCAGCGCAUGUGGGCGGCGGCGACCGCGGAGGCGGCGGGGGAGGCGGAGAUGGUAAUUGGGGGGGAGGCGGAGGACGCGACGCUGAGGCUGAUCGCGGCGCAGCUGGAGGCGCAGCGGCAGGCGGGCGGGGCGAUGGUGGGCGCAACGGGGAUGGCGGCGGAUGGGGGGGGCCUGGUCGCGGUGGGGCCCAUGGGGGGAAUGGGCGCGGUUGGCCCCAUGGGGCCGAUGGGGGUGAUGGGGGCAAUGGGACCGAUGGGAGCGAUGGGGCCGAUGGGAGCAAUGGGAGCGAUGCUGCCUGGGGGCGCCUUGGGCGCGUAUGGGGGACAGGUAGAAUCGAGUGGUAUGGGUGGUGCAGGCAUGCCGAUGCUUGAGCUGCCGCCACAGGGGCCGCUGCCGUCGUCAGUGGAGGAGCUAGAGGCGGUGGUGGCGGCGGAGACGAGCGCGCUGCAGCAGGCGCAGGCGAGAGAGGAGAAGGAGGAGACGGACCGCCACACCCUGCGCAUGGAGGAGAUCCGCGGGCGGUUCACAGCGCUGGCAUCGAGCCUUUCCUCCCGCCAGGCGCAGCAGCGCGCCCAGGUGACCAGUAAGGGGCGCUGGCUACAACUAUCAGCAGCAACAGCAGCAACAGCAGCAGCAGCAGCAGCAGCAGCAGCAGCAGCAGCAGCAGCAGCAGCAGCAGCAGCAGCAGCAGCAGCAGCAGCAGCAGCAGCAGCAGCAGCAGCAGCAGCAGCAGCAGCAGCAGCAGCAGCAGCAGCAGCAGCAGCAGCAGCAGCAGCAGCAGCAGCAGCAGCAGCAGCAGCAGCAGCAGCAGCAGCAGCAGCAGCAGCAGCAGCAGCAGCAGCAGCAGCAGCAGCAGCAGCAGCAGCAGCAGCAGCAGCAGCAGCAGCAGCAGCAGCAGCAGCAGCAGCAGCAGCAGCAGCAGCAGCAGCAGCAGCAGCAGCAGCAGCAGCAGCAGCAGCAGCAGCAGCAGCAGCAGCAGCAGCAGCAGCAGCAGCAGCAGCAGCAGCAGCAGCAGCAGCAGCAGCAGCAGCAGCAGCAGCAGCAGCAGCAGCAGCAGCAGCAGCAGCAGCAGCAGCAGCAGCAGCAGCAGCAGCAGCAGCAGCAGCAGCAGCAGCAGCAGCAGCAGCAGCAGCAGCAGCAGCAGCAGCAGCAGCAGCAGCAGCAGCAGCAGCAGCAGCAGCAGCAGCAGCAGCAGCAGCAGCAGCAGCAGCAGCAGCAGCAGCAGCAGCAGCAGCAGCAGCAGCAGCAGCAGCAGCAGCAGCAGCAGCAGCAGCAGCAGCAGCAGCAGCAGCAGCAGCAGCAGCAGCAGCAGCAGCAGCAGCAGCAGCAGCAGCAGCAGCAGCAGCAGCAGCAGCAGCAGCAGCAGCAGCAGCAGCAGCAGCAGCAGCAGCAGCAGCAGCAGCAGCAGCAGCAGCAGCAGCAGCAGCAGCAGCAGCAGCAGCAGCAGCAGCAGCAGCAGCAGCAGCAGCAGCAGCAGCAGCAGCAGCAGCAGCAGCAGCAGCAGCAGCAGCAGCAGCAGCAGCAGCAGCAGCAGCAGCAGCAGCAGCAGCAGCAGCAGCAGCAGCAGCAGCAGCAGCAGUACCAGCAGCAGCAGCAGUACCCCCCUGGUACAAACCCUUCGCCAGGUGCAGGGGCAGCUGGGCCGGGAGCGCCAGGUGCUGGGCAGUACCAGUCGUAUGA